AUGGGUUGGACAGCAGGGAAAGGGUUAGGUGCGAAAGAAAAUGGUAUUGUUGAACAUGUUGUGGCCAGAUAUAAAAACGAUGAGAAAGGAUUAGGAUUUGAAGACAGAAACGAUCAAUGGACCAAGCACGAAGACGACUUUAACUCUUUACUCGCUAAUUUAUCUAAUGCCAAUGAUGUCAACCAAGUGAAACUUCAUAGUGGUAUAUCACUAGAGGAUAAAUCCAAAAAAAGCAAAGCACGCAUACAUUAUCAUAAGUUUACCCGAGGAAAAGACUUAUCUCGAUAUAGUGAAAAAGAUUUAGCUAACAUAUUUGGUAAAAAAAGUUUCAAAGAGGAAGCGGAAACGGAAAAAUCAUUAGAUAAUAAUGUAAAAAUAACUGAACAAGUAUUUACUGAAAAAGGUAGUAUGGAAGAUUACUUCAAAAAUAAAAUUACUGCUUUUAAGUCUAAAACUAAUAUUUUACGUAAAGAAGACAAGACAAAUAAGGAUUUAGAUGAUGAAGCAAUAUGUGGAUUUCAGGGAUUUUUAGGAACAACAGACGAAAAAAUUAUUUCUGAUAAUUCACCAUCUUUAUCACAUUGCAAUAUAGACAAUAAUGCUCAAAUAAAAAGUAUAGAAAAUAAUACAGCAAUAAAUGAGUGUGAAAAUCUACCUAAAACAAAGAAAAAGAAGAAGGAAAAGUGUAGGGAAGUAACACAAGAAGUAAUGUAUAAUAAUGAAGACGAGGAACCACAAAAAGUAAUUGAAUAUGCUAAAACUAAAAGAGAUUCUAAAGAUGACAGUCCAGUACAAGAGAGAAUCCCUGAGAUACAAGAACAAAAAAAAUGUAAAAAGCUAAGACAGGAAAAAAAUACAAAUGAAGAAGCGUAUGACACUGAAGAUAUUAUUUAUAAACCUAAGAAAAAAAAGAAAAGGAAAAAUAAAGAUCUUUAA